GGCGAGUUGCUGCUCCUUCCCUUCCUCUUCUGCCACUUUGCUAUUCAGCAGAACCCAAAUCAGGUUCUGCAACCUAGAUGCAUAACCCAAAUAGGAGCGACGAAGAGAAGGAAGAAGAGGGGGAGGAGAGGUAUGGUAUCCUGAACCUUGAUAAACCAGCUAACCCAUCUUUGCACGAAGUUGUUGCCUGGAUCAAGCGCAUUUUUUGUGUCGAGAAGACUGGCCAUGGUGGUACUUUAGGCCCCAAAGUCACAGGAAAUCUCAUUGUUCCUGAUGUUGCCAAGGUGGCUCGUGCUCUUGAGACAUUAACUGGCGCUAUGUUUCAGAGGCCGCCAUUGAUAUCUACGGUCCGAGGUGCCCAACCUCAGACGUACGACAGUAAUUCCUUUACAACUAGAGUGAAGAGUAAAUCCAGAGCUUCUCGCUCCAACAGCUGCACAGCAGUUACGAUGGACAUCCUCGCAUCCAAAUAUAUCUCAAUCUCCCGGUCCCAAAAUAACUGCUUGGAGAUGCACAUCAAAUCCCGAAUAUCUUGCUUGGCUCAAUCUCCCGAUCCCGAAAUAACUGCUUGGAGAUACACAUCGGAUCCCGAAUAUCCUGCUUGGCAUGCCACGUGGGUAGCCCCGAUUAUUGCUGACUUAAGCAUCAGAGUGUCUACCCCGAGGACCCACCUCGGGGCUUUGCAGGUCAAUCCGGAGUGCAGAUACGGACGGAAGAAGGACUUCUGGUUUGGUGCAAUUCCAUUUGGCACCGUCCCCAACAACCUUCCACCUCAUCCCCCACCCCCAAUCCCAAAUACAUUCCCUCAUGUUGACCAUGCGAAAGGAGGAGAUGAAAAUCAGCCACACAAUUCGGCUCACAAUUCAGCCUCUACUGCCAACCAAGACGUAGUUGCAAUUCAGCUUGCUGCCAUGCAGCAACAGUUUGGUGUCUUUCAGCUAGUGCUGGCUCAACUAUUAGCUCAGAACAAUCCUGGUGAUCCACUCAUUAACCUACUCAACCCUACUCCACAACCCCCAUCUUCACAACAAAAUCCUGAACUAGUUCAGCAUGCUCCUGCUAUUAGUGAAUCUCAGGGCCAAUCUCACAUCGCACCAGUUCAGCAACCCCUUCAUGAUGAUGUCACUCGACGUCUAGACAGCUUAGAAAAGCUAGUGGCUGAACAGCGAGGAGCCCCACCUCCACACCUUGCUGCUGACUCCGUACCCCACCCUCUCAACACCAACAUUACAUUGGAACCCUAUCUUGCUGGCUUCAGGAUACCACAACUUGAAACUUAUGAUGGGAUGAAGGACCCCGAUGAUCAUCUACAUGCUUUCUACUCUUGCAUGCAAGCCCAGAACGCCUCUGAUGCGUUGAUGUGCAAAAUCUUUCCCUCUACCCUCCGAGCUGUGAUCUCAGGUCUUAGCCAUGAGAGAUUCAGAGAUAGUCUGCUCAAACAUCUUGCCACCACCUUCAGCGAGAUCAAGAAUAAGAUGGAUUUAAGGCGUCCCGGCCCAAUGAGAACUACUGUUGCCAACCGAGAUCAUACUAGAUAUUGUGAUUUCCAUCAAGAUCACGAUCAUACAACAGAGCAAUGCAACAGCUUGAGAGAACAAGGGCCACAGCUUCAAGAAGUUCGUAACCUACCAAAUCGGCAAGGUGUGGGAUAUCAACAAACCCCACCUCCGUUCCCACCACCAGCUAUAAUCAUACAUAUGAUCACGGGAGACCUAGAAGCUGGUGGACUAAGCUCUAAGCAGCGAAAGUUGUAUGUCAGAGAGGUUAAACAUCAAAACCGAGCUCAGAAGCGAAAGUUUGACGAUGCCGAGUGGAAGAAUCAACUGAUUACCUUCACAUCUGCUGAUCUCGAUACAGUCGUCACACCUCACAAUGACCCCCUAGUCACUUCUGUCACGAUUAACAAUUGUGAGGUGCAGUGCGUCUUUGUUGACACAAGGAGUGCAUUAGACAUCAUGUAUUUCCAUUGUUUUGAAAGUCUUGGGUUAGAUCCGGCUUUGUUGCAACGAUAUGAUGGUCCCAUCUAUGGAUUCAACAACCAGCCAAUCCUAGUUGAAGGCGUCCUCACCAUGAAUGUUGCAUUUGGAAGUGGCCGGAGUUAUGUGACCCCUUCAGUUAGGGAUCCGACCAGGAAAACACAGAUAGGAACUCGGCUGAGUCUCGAUGAGAAAACAGAACUAAUAGCCUUUCUCCGAACUAACAAAGAUGUUUUUACAUGGACCUCAGCAGAUAUGCCGGGAAUUUCCACUUCGGUUUCUCAACAUAAACUCAGCACCAAUCCACUCAAAAAACAAGUAGCCCAGAAGUGGCACCUCUUCGGGGGGGAGAGGUUAAUGGUCAUCAAAGAAGAAGUUGAAAAACUAUUGCAAGCUGGCUUUGUUAGACGAGUCGAUUACUGUGAGUGGGUCGCCAAUCCUGUUUUGGUGAAGAAAGCAAAUGGCAAAUGGCGGAUGUGCAUCGAGUACAUUAACCUCAACCAGGCAUGCCCAAAAGACUGUUACCCAAUGCCAAACAUUGACAAGUUGGUUGAGGCAGCUUCUGGAAACGAGAGAUUAAGUCUCUUGGACGCGUACUCUGGCUACCACCAGGUUCCAAUGGCUCAUAAAGAUGAAGAAAAAACCUCGUUCUAUGCUGACGAUGAAAUCUAUUGCUAUGUGAUGAUGCCCUUCGGCCUAAAGAAUGCAGGUGCCACUUACCAGAAGAUGGUUACCAUCGUAUUCCUAGCUCAAAUAGGCCGGAAUCUGGAAGUAUAUGUUGAUGAUAUCGUGGUGAAAAGUUUGAAAGCUGGAGAUCACUUAACCGACCUCGAGGAGACAUUCAACAACCUCCGAAAGAACAGAAUGAGGCUGAAUCCAGCAAAGUGCAUUUUCGGCGUAGAGUCUGGAAAGUUUCUCGGCUUCAUGGUGUCUAGGAGGGGGAUCGAGGUUAACCCUGAGAAGAUCAAAGCAGUAGCCGAGAUGGAACCACCGAAGUCAGUGAAAGAUAUACAGAGGUUGAUUGGAAAAGUGGCAGCUCUUCAUCGGUUCAUAUCGAAGUCAGCAAAUAAAUGCCUACCAUUUUUCAAGAUUAUGAGGUCAGCCGUCCAAAAGGAUGAAUUGGGUAAACAAAAGAAGUUUGAAUGGAAUCAUGAAUGCCAAGCCGCAUUUGAUGAGCUGAAGUCUUAUCUUAGCUCACCAUCUCUACUAACUAAGGCCAUAGAUGGAGAGAUUCUCUAUUUGUAUCUAGGAAUUUCAUAUGAAGCCAUUAGCUCGGUCUUGGUACGAGAGGAAGCCAAACAGCAGAAGCCAAUCUAUUACAUCAGCAGUGUGCUACAUGGAGCAAAGCUGAGGUAUCCAAUUGUUGAGAAAGCAGCUUUAGCAAUUGUCAUUUCGGCCAGGAAGUUGAGGCCAUAUUUCCAGUCACACCCGAUCGUUGUCCUUACAAACCAACCUCUUCGACAGAUUCUACAAAAGCCAGAGUGCUCGGGACGAUUAAUUAAAUGGCCCAACGAGUGGACCUUAUAUGUUGAUGGGGCAUCUAGUAGCAAAGGUUCAGGAGCUAGUGCUCUCUUGAUUGGCCCAGAUGGGUACCGAAGUGAACAUGCCCUGAAGUUCAACUUCGAUGCAACAAAUAACAUGGCUGAAUAUGAAGCUCUGCUACUUGGUUUACAACUAGCAUUGGAGUUGAAAAUCAGCGCAAUACAGGUGUACAAUGACUCCCAGCUAGUGGUGAAUCAAAUCAACUCAAUUUGUGAAGUUGUCGAUCCGGUGAUGAUGAAGUAUGUAGCCCUCGUGGCUGAGCUGAAGUGCAGAUUUCAGAGUUCUAGAUCAGUUUUUGUGGAGGUCUUAGAUGCACCAAGCUUCAUGAAGCCACGGGUGAUGGAGAUCAGCACAAACCCAGACACACCAAGCUGGAUUGACUCAAUUGUCUCCUUCUUACGAGACGGGGAGAUACUUGAGGAUAAGCAGGAGGCAAUGAAGUUGAGGAAGAAAGCAUCUCGGUAUACACUUGUUGAUGGGGUCCUCUAUAAGAGAUCUUUCUCACUCUCUCUUCUUCGGUGCUUGAACCCUUAUGAAGUGGAAUACGCACUCAGGGAGGUGCAUGAAGGUGUCUGCAGAAGUCAUGUAGGUGCUCGAACUUUGGCUCAUAAAGUCCUUAGACAGGGCUAUUAUUGGCCCAACAUGUACAAGGAUGCCACUCAGUUCGUACAAAGGUGUCAGAAAUGUCAAUUUUUCACACAUCUAAUCCACCAGCCUACAGAAGAGCUCACUACUCUGGUAGCACCUUGGCCAUUUGCUUGGUGGGGUCUUGACCUUUUAGGUCCAUUUAUGAAGGGGGUAGGAGGUGUAACCCAUCUCAUCGUUGGUGUGGAUUAUUUCACAAAAUGGGUUGAAGCUCGGGCAUUAUCCAGUCUUACCUUCAAGAAGGUCGAGGACUUUGUUUUCAGCUCGAUUAUUUGCAGAUAUGGGAUCCCGAAUCAGAUUGUAGCUGAUAAUGGAACUCAGUUCAAUUGCUCCUCAUUCCGAGAUUUCUAUUCCAGCUACAGGAUUAAACUGCAGUUCACCUCGGUUUACCAUCUGGAGUCUAACGGCAUGGUUGAAUCUGUUAACAAAUGCAUCUUAGAAGGUAUAAAGCUGAGGUUGGAACAACACAAGGCCAAAUGGGCAGACAAGCUCAACAACACCCUCUGGGCGUAUAGAACUACGAGCCGAACUGCCACAGGUGAAACACCCUAUCAUCUGGCCUUUGGUACCGAAGCAGUCAUUUCUAUCGAGAUAGGAGUCCCAAGCUUCAGGGUCACCCAUUUCGAUGAAGGACAAAAUGGACAACUGCUUCGGGAGAACCUUGAUCUGCUUCAUGAAGUCAGAGAAGAAGCACGACUUCAAACUCUAGUCUACAAGCAGAAAAUAGAAAACUUCUACAACAAACGAGUUCGACCCCGCGCAUUCAAAGUAGGAGACCUUGUUCUUAGGAAAGCUGGUGUAACGGGGUUCGAAACUCGAUUUGGAAAGCUAGCACCAAACUGGGAGGGCCCCUACACUGUGGCCGAAGUGCCCCACCCAGGUGCUUCUAUCCUACAGGACACUGAGGGCAAAAGGGUUCCUAGAGUCUGGAAUGCCAAUAACUUGAAGAAAUUUUACCCUUAAUACACUUCUUUCCAGUAAACUUUGUCUUAUUUCUAUAAUCGCCAUUAUUUUGCUUACUGUAUAUCGAAACUCAAUUCAUUUACAUCAUUAAUGAACUUCACUUCACAUU